AUGGAAGAAUUGAAGAACAAGGACAGGCUCAUCGAGUCGUUGAAGCAAGAGCUCGCGAAAUCGAAACAGUCCGAAAAGAGCGUGCAUGAUGCGUUGUUGGCUCAGACCAUGGAGUUGGAGAAGACCAAGGUUUCGCUCGAGGAAUCGAGGCAAGAAAUCAAAGCCUUGCUCGAGGGUAAUGAUCGUUCUUGGGUCGAAGCCCUCGAGCAGGAGCUUCGAUUGGCUAAAUCGGAAUUGACUAGAUCACAAGAGAAGGCUGAGAAUCUAGCCGAUGAAGUGAACGUGUUCAAGAACGAACUGAGGCACACAUUCGAAGCCGAGGAGAACAACAAGAAAGCCAUGGAUGAUUUAGCCAUGGCGUUGAAGGAAGUGAUUACCGAGUCGAACGUGACCAAAGAUAAACUCUCGUCGACGAAGGAAGAGCUUGAGACGACGAAACGGGAGGUCGAGGAAUUCAAACUGAAGCUGAAGGAGGUGGGGGAACGAUGCAUGGACGAGAAGAGAGAAGCCGAUCGACAAAAGAACAUCGCAACAAGAUUAAGGUUAGAAGCCGAGGAAACCCUAAUUUCGUGGAACGAGCAGGAGAAAGGGUUCGUCGAGUGCAUUAAAAAGGCCGAAUCUGAGAGGAAUGGUGCGCAAGAAGAGUGCAAAGCACUGCGGAAUUCGCUUAAAGAAGCUGGGGAAAUGAUGAAUAGAUCAAAGGAAGAGAUUCAGAGGCUGAGGGACAUAGUGAAACAGGCCUUAACUGAAGCAAAUGUAGCCAAAGAAGCGGCUAGCGUUGCCAGGGAAGAGAAUUCCAAACUCAGAGACGCCCUUGCUCAAAAGGAAGAAGCUUUGAAAUUGCUUUACCAAGAAAGGGAGAGGCGUGCGAAGAGCAGAGCACAUGCACGGUCGCGAUCGCCGGCGAGAAAGAGCGCGUUGAUGACGAUGAAGCAGCACUCCGAGAUGGAGGAUUCUGAGCAGGAUAAGGAACAUAAUGACCGUGAAAAAGAAAGCGAAACACCCACACGAAAACCGAAAAGAUCACCAUCACCUAUUCCGAUGGUGAUGAGAAAGACCGCAUUGAUGACUGUGAAGCAGUACUCCGAAACGGAGGAUUCCGAGCAUGAUAAGGAACAUAAUGAUCGUGAAAAGGAGAGCGAACAACCCACACUAAUAAAGCGAACAACCCACACUAGGACCAAGAAGAUCAACGUCACCGAUACCGAUGGUGAUGAGAAAGAAUGCAGUGGUUACGGUGAAGCAGUACUCGGACUUGAGAGUUCUGAGCAAGAUAAGGAACAUAAUGAUCCUGAUAAAGAAAGCGAACAACUCACACUAGGACCGAGAAGAUCACCAUCACCGAUACCGAUAGUGAUGAGAAAGAUGGCGGUGGUGACGGUGAAGCAGCAUUCCGAAAUGGAGGAUUCUGAGCAAGAUGAGAAACAUAAAGAUCGGGAUAAAGACAGCGAACAACCCACAUUAACACCGAGAAGAUCACCAUCACCGAUGCCAAUGGUGAUGAGAAAGACCGCAUUGACGACGACGAAACAACACCCCGAAAUGGAGGAUUCUGAGCAAGAUAAGGAACAUAAUGAUCGAGAUAAAGAAAGCGAAAACCCUACACUAAGACCAAAAAGAUCACCAUCACCGAUACCAAUGGGGGGAAAAACCGCGUUGGUGACGACGAAGCAACACUCCGAAAUAGAGGAUUCUGAGCAAGAUAAGGAACAUAAUGAUCGAGAUAAAGAAAGUGAACAACCCAUACGAAGAACAAGAAGAUCACCAUCACCGAUACCAAUGGGGGAACAAACCGCGUUGGUGACGAUGAAGCAACACUCCGAAAUAGAGGAUUCUGAGCAAGAUAAGGAACAUAAUGAUCGAGAUAAAGAAAGUGAACAACCCAUACGAAGAACAAGAAGAUCACCGUCACCGAUACCGUUGGGAAGAAAGACCGCGUUGGUGACGAUGAAGCAGUCGGAAAUGGAGAAUUCCGAGCAAGUUAAGGGACAUGACGAUCAUGUUAAAGAAAGCGAACAACCCACACUGAAGCCAAGAAGAUCACAAUCACCGUUAACAGCAACAUUGACGACGGUGAGAAUGACUCGGUCGAUAGCUAGUGUGAAGGAGUUCUCGGAAACGGAGAGUUUUGAGCAAUAUAUGAAACGAAAACAAAUGGAUUCAACAUAUCAUGACAAGGAACACAAUGAUCAUGAAAACGAAAAAUCCGCACCACCGUUACCAGAAACACUGAUGACGGUGAGAAUGACCAAGUCGAUGACGAAUUUGAAGGAUUGCUCGGAAAUGGAGGAUCCUGAGCUAGGAAAGAAACCAAUGGAUGACAAUGAACAUAAUGAUCAUGUUAAAGAAAUCGAACAACCCGUUCCAAAACCAUCAGGAUCACCAUCACCGAUGAGGGAGUAUUCGGAAAUGGAGGAUUCUGAACAAGGUAAGAACCAAAAACCAGUAGAUUCAACACAUGGUUUCAAGGAGCAAGAAGAUCAUGAUAAAGAAAGCGAACAACCCGCGCUAAAACCCUCAGGAUCAACAUUACCGGCGACAACUACCACGAUGAAGGAGUGCUCGGAAAUGGAGGACCAUGAUGAGCAAGGUAAGAAACAGAAACCAAUGGAUUCAACACAUCAUAACAAGGAACAUAAAGAUCAUGAUAAAGAAAGCGAUCAACCAGCACCAGUACCAAGACUAACGAGAUCGUCAUCACCGUUACCAGCAAUAAUAACGUCAAUGACGAAGAUGACAACACCUAUGACGGUGAAAGAGUUCUUGGCAAUGGAGGAUGACGAUAUCGAUAAGUUACAAAAGCCAAUGGAUCCAACACAUUCAGGAUCGCCAUCAUCAUCAUUACCUUUACCAACGACGGCUACGAGAAGGAGUUCGACGCCGAUGACAGUGAAGGAGUUCUUGGACAUGGAGGACGAUGAGAUAGAUAAGAUUCAGAAUUCAAUGGACUUAAGUUCAACAAAUCGUAAAUCAGUUGACUUGAAUUCAACACAUCUUCACAAGGAAUCUAAAGAUCAUGAUAAAGAACCUGCUAAGAAAACAAAGCCCUUCAUAGCCAACAGCGCAUGCCUGAUCAUAAAGUUCCCACAUAAACACAAGCAAGCAGAAGAAGAGCCCAAAAUCCCACCCAAAGAAAACGAUGAUGGUUCGGACUCUGAGGACUUCGACCCACUCAAGGGCUCCAUCUUCGACAUAGCUGAAACCCCAAAAAAUGAAGCUGAGGAUGACUUAACCAACAAUGAGGAGUAUCACAAUGAGCAUGGCGAUGAAGAAACUGAUAAAACCAGAACAAGGAAAUUGAUUUCAAAAAUUGGUGGUUUUAUAGGAGUGAAGAAGAAUCUUCACAACAAGAAAGAGCAUCAAGUAGAAUAA